CCGAGCUAUGGCGCAAAGAUUGCGCUCGCUGUUUUGCUUCUUGCCAUUCUUGGCCGGCGCUAUUUUUACCACACCACUGGGGCCAGUGAGGCGUUGUUACGUUCGCCCACCAGAAACGAAUUCUGGUUGUGUCUUGCUGCAGAAUUUGACUGACGCAAAGACUUUUGGAUUGAACAAAUUUGGGCAAGACACCACUGGCCAAAGGCAAUGUUUGGAAGCCUUGAGGAAGGUGUCUGGAAAUACCUUUGUGUUUUCCGUCGGCAGUUGCGAACUGUGGAGGUGUUCUUCAAAGGAAGCCUUAGAGCAUGCUACAGAACAUUGGUUUUCCAAAGAUCAGUCUGGAAACAGUUUGGCCAAGGUUGGCCCUGCAGUUUUCAGCGAACUCUGCAACUAUCAAGAGCCACUGAUUGCUAAGAAAAUUCGCCGCAACCCAGUAUUUGUGAAACUCUGGGAGUGGAAUUAUGUGGACAUCGCGAAGGAAUGUGAAGAAUUUCUAGGCCCCAAUGGAUUUGAUGGAGUCCAAAUUUCACCAGUGACGGAGCAUAUCCUUGGACCUCAAUGGUGGACCAAAUAUCAACCUGUCUCCUUUUCGCUGAGUUCCAGGUCAGGUUCCAUGGAAGAUUUCAGCAAGAUGGUCAGUGCGUGCCGCCGCGCUGGAGUGCAAGUCAUUGUGGAUCUCAUCAUCAAUCACAUUGCUUCACCUUGUAAGGAAGCCAAAGAAUUGCUUGAAACCAGCGGAUCAAGAUCACCAGGCUUCCUGAAGGAUCUGAAAGAUCAGAAAAACCUGACCCCCUGCGUUGGAUGGAACGGCAGUUUAUUUGGCAACCGCCGCCUUGCAGGGGCCCGUGGCUGGGAUGAGGCAGGUCCGGAAUUCUUCCAUCACCAAGGAUCCGACCUCAUGGAGAACUGCUUCGUGGGACCUCCUGGGUGGAGUUGUGGUGGUGGAGGGAACGAUGGCACGGGUUGCAGUUGCUGCAGCUGCGACUUCCUCAAGAUGCCAGAUUGGGACACGGGCCUGGCGGAAGUCCAUCAGAUGCAUUUGCGGCAUGUCCAGGAACUUCACGACAUCGGUGUGACGAUGCUCCGGGUGGAUUUGUCCCUCUUCGAGUCCAUUGAGGAACUGAGUCACGUGCUGAACAGGGUGCCAUGGGACUUCAUCUACCAGGAAUGGUGGUGGGAGAAGCCGGACCCCAUGCGACAUCGAUACAUUGGCCACUUCCGAGAUAUUACCUACAGGUACAAGCUCACGCACUACUUGGGAGAUUCCAAUCUGGAGAAACUCAAGGAGGUUCUGACACUGGAACGCGGCCAUGAUGAAAUCAUCCCAGAGACCAGUUUGUAUCCCAUCGCAUUCCAUGAUGGACGAACAUGGAAGGCCAAACCAGGCAAUGCUACAUACAAGAAUGGCUUGGAGUACAAUCAGCAGCAAAAAUUUAUGUUGGCAUGGCCAAAAGGAGUCAACGUGAUGCUAUGGGGCGGCUAUGGAUGGUCCAGGAUGAGUGAUGGACCUCCUGGCUGCAAUGAUAAAACGGGAAGUCCACAUUGUCAACCGGAGCCAGUGUAUGUGGAUGGCAAGGCCCGGUGUAUGGCAACUCCUUACGAGUCGCCGUUGCCCAAGAAGCUCUCGAUGCAGCGGCGGUGGAUUUGUGAACAUCGAUGGGAAGGGGUGGCUGGCCUAAUAGAAUUUCGCAAGGCUUGUGGCGGCCUUCCCGUCACCCGCACUUGGCAGGCGCCAGAAGUCAGCCCGGGGCAACUGGCCUUUCGCAUUGGCGAGGAGUGCUUUGGGGCCCUGGUGCGCGGGUACAACGAAAAGCAGAAGUCUCCAUGGGGGCACUUGGGCAACUGGAGACUCGCUGGUCUGGAGAUCAAUCUUCCCAGUGGCCGCUACUGCGACAUGGGCUCCGUGUCAACGCUUCGGGGCUGGGAUCGAAAGCGAUGUCCGCGACAGGUGGUUGUCGGAACAGAUGGAAGGAUCUUGAGCGGAUUCGUGAAGGAAGGAGAUCUAUUGGCUAUCUAUGCCGCUGGGCGAAUGGAGUCCUGAUUCACUGCGGCAAAAGCACCAGAAAGCCUACGGAAGAAGAGCUUUUAAAGUCUUAAAGGAAAGGUGGCAGUGGGUCAGUGGUCCAGCGUUUGGUAUUGGCUGAAAGCUGAUGAAACUUUUUUUUCCAAACAGCGGUUUGGGGUUGCUUUUUCCUUGAACCAUCAAAGAUGGAAGAGAACAAACCAGAUAUAUACAGUAGCUCCAAGUGCAGAAGGAUGGCAGGACGCAGGCACAGGCGCGCUAAUAUUAGAGUUUGUCGUGUCGCCUGGCUGGGUUCUGACCCAGUCCAUCCUGCAAUCUUGGGCUGUUCCAAGAAGAUAGCUAUGGCAGUUUCAGGACAUUGCCCAAAGGGCAUUUGUUCUUAUUUUUGCCCCACAAAAAGGCCUUCAAAGACAAGGACAUGGGGACGAUCAGGACUUUUGUUCAGAAGUCUUGCAAAAA